AACCCCGGUACAGGAACCACAGCAUGCAACCAAUGCCCACUGAUAACUAAUUCCAGUGAAGGACAGUUGUUGUUCACCUGACUCUCUAGCAGAUGGAUCGAAUGUAUGAGACACCUGGGCUUCUGACGUGUCAAAAAUAAUUAGAAGGAACAGUGGGGAAAUAUCCAACUCAGAGCAACAGUUAAAAAAAGGAUCAUUUACUACCAUGGGAAGUAUGCCACAGGUACAGGUAUAGAAGGCAAGAUGUAAAGGUAUUGAAGUACUCCAGAAUCAACAGAAGAAAACACAUUUGUUGUGGUUGAGUGCCCUACACAUUUUCCAGAUGCCACCUGUCCUUGGUACUGAGCUCUGCAUAGAAGGCGUUUCUAGUGCAAAUCAAGCCGACUAUGUCUUCAUACAGGGAAAUUUUGACCAUGGUGUUCAUAUAGAGGACAAGAUUUUUACAAAAGAUUUAAGAACAGAAUGAUGAGGGAAACUAUUCCACUCAGAAUAUAAAAAAUAUGUUCAAGUCUCCAUUAAAGAGGAGCAACAAUAAAAUGCCAGCAAUGGGAGAAAUUUGAAAGACAGAAGCAUGAAAAUCAUGUGGAAAUUCAGGGACCAUUGUAUUGGGAUCUCGGGCCGGCCAUAGACGUUAAGGCACAGAGGCAGGUUGCUUACUGUCGAGAAACAGCAGGCUGAAAAUGGAAUUCUUACCUGUUGGACACAAUGCAAGAAAAAGAGGUGGCUGCUGGGCUGGAGACCUCUCCUGGUUCCUUGUGGGCUACCCAAGUGUUGCCCUCCUAGCCCCAAGGUUUACUGAGGGUCCCUGAAUGUCAGAUGAGAGGCAUGAGGAAGGAAAGUACUUUGUGGGGGAACAGCCGGGCCCAGUGAGGGGGGAGGCAGAGAACUAAGCAAGCAAAGACGCCAGGAGCCCUGGAAGGUGCGAUUAUACUUAAUGCCUCUCUGCACUGUCUAGUGGAGAAGUAACAGUUAGACAGGGCAUGCUACCAUCGCCGCCAUCCCAAGUGGAGGGCGCCUAGGGGAAGCAGGUGGGCCUGUUGCUGCAGAAAGGCCUCCACUCAGGGGCAGAGGCAUCUCUCCCCUAGGGAGCCUCCUCCUCAAGGGGCAGGGACAGAGAGACACAGAGGAUCUCAAAUGGCCUGAUUCUUCGCGGCAACAGCCAAUAGGGAGGAAGGUUUGCUUUGAGUGCAGUCCUGAGGCUUCUGGUCUCCUCUAAGGCUGGCAUCAGUGGCCCCCACCUCUAGGAGAGGGGUCCCCUCAUCCUUCCGGCCCCGAAUGCAGUACCUUCCCCAGCCGGCAGAGGCGCUGCGGGACGGCGCCAGCGCGUUCCCUCAGCAGAGCAGGGCAGCUGAGGCUGCGCCCCCUCCCCUGCCGGCUUCCUGGUCCUCGGGGUGUGAGGGCCGCGGCCUGGGACUCCAGACCCAGGGCCUGCGGGUGUCCUCGGCGGCCCCCGCAGCGUCCGCGGCGACGUCGUCACGCUCCUCGCGGCCUCGCAGCCAGCGCUCGGGCCGGCCGCCGAAUGCCCGAGGAGAGGACGCGCAUCUCCUCCCCGAGUUCCUGCUUCCUGGGCCAGCCAAAGCCGCAGGGAAAAACAUGGGCCCUCGCAUGCUGUGAGGGGCUCAAAGAAGGAGCAGGGACCAAGGCUGAAGAGGCAUCUGGACCGAGGACUGAUAAAAAAUAUGGCUGUUGCCCCUAAAUUCUACAAGCAUGGCAAGAAGUUGACUGUUGAAGCAGAAAACCGAAAUGGGAAGGAGAAGAGCACUGAACACAAGAGUGACGCCAGGUCCCACAAAGCACCACAGGAGCAGGGAAAUUCUCAAGGAACUCUGAUGCGUAGCCAGGUGAUGAGAGAACAUUCAGUUCUGCCCUAUGCUCCUGCGACCUUGGAGCAGAAACCAGUGAUUUCUUUUUCCCGGGUCUCUCGUGGUCUCUCUGCCAGGCCCAAAAGAUUCUCAAGUGUGAUCCUGCAACCCCGUGCUACCCCUGGCCCUCUUCUACUGCAGCCACAGGUCCCCAAUGCCACCAAACAGGAUUCUGUUGUUGCUGCCUUAGAGUGGCAGAGAAAGCUGGAGGCUGCUGAGGCUCUGUUGGCCCUGAAAAACUCUUGUCAGCUUCCUCCUGAUUCUGCCUCUCUUCAACAGCAUGGCAGCAUGCCAGGUCCUGCUGGAGAGCGAGAACUGCAACCUAGUCCCUACCUGCCACCACAGCCUGCCAGCUCUGUGUCACUUACUGGACAUCUGGAGUGCAUGUCCUUCUUGACCUAAGAGCCCAGAGUGGGAGGCCUAACUAGAGCACUGCCUGUUUGGUAUCCUGUUUUAUGUCUAAAAUAACUAACAUUUUUAAAUUUUUUAUUUUUAAAGUAAGUUCUCAUAUAGCCGGCCUGGCCUUGGACUCAGUAUAUAGUUGACGAUGACUUUGAACUCCUGAUUCUUCUGCCUCCACCUCCCAAGUGCUGGGAUUACAGGCAUGUACCAUCAUGCCUGUCUUUUUUUUAAAUUAUUAUUAUUUUAAGUUUUCAGGAGUUUUAUAAGCAUUCAGACCCCUUUUUUAUGACAUGAGGCAUUUACUUGACUGAAAUUUGAUGUUGCCCCUCUAUCCAUUAGUCCUUUGGAAUAAUUGCUGUUAAUGUUUCUUAGAAAAACAGUAUUGUGUGAUCUGAUGUGAUCAACCAAUGGGAUUCUGAGUGGCUUUGUAUGCCAGUGUUUUCAUUUGUCCUGUGAUUGUAUAUACACUGGCAGACUCCUGUAUGUAAUCAUCCAUGUGGAAUCAUGAAGUUUUUUCACUCUGUGUCUAGGCAUAUGUGUGUGUGAACAAAUAAUAAACAUGUACUGUAGGCAUUGAAAA